AGAACAAUGGAACACUUUUUAACAAAGAAAUCAAUGGAAGAAGAAGUUUCAAAGUUAGCUGCUAUGGAUAGAUUCUCUUUCAAUUCAAUCGCCAAAAGCGAUUUUAUACAGAGAAAUCUUCAAAGUCAGAGAGGCAAAUGUGAUAAAUUACAACCAACAUCUGCAAACGGAGUCAGGAAUAUGGUAAUGAAUUAUUACAUAACUAAGAAAGAAGAACUUAUUCAUUAUUUUGAAAAAGAAGUAGUGCUGGGGAUUCGCUACUCAUUGACAUUGGAUGAAUACACAUCAAUUCAAAAUAAACGAUAUAUGAACAUAAAUGUUCAUGGGAAAGACAAUCAUUGGUCGUUGGGUCUUAUUGAGAUCCACGGCUCCCUUAAUAGCAGGAGAACAGAGCAAUUUGUGAGAGGACAUCUUCGUGAAUUUAGAUUGUUGGCUGUACGACGGAUGGUGCUUCUAUGAUGAUGAAAUUCGGAAAAGAAAUAAGACCUGAUCACCAACAAUGUCUCACACAUUGCAUACAUCUGUCUGUGAUCGACAUUCUCUAUCAAAAAAAUAUUGAAAAUAUUGCCUCAACCGAUGAGACUGAUAAAACAAAAGUGAAGAGAUCGCUAUAACAGACGAUAGUGAUGAUGACGCUGACAUAAGCCAACAGGACAUGCUUUUUCAAACAGAUUUGGCUCACGAAAAUGUUUGUUUUCCCCAGCUAAAACUUGAAUUUAACAAAGUUUUAAAUAAGGUAAGAAAAAUUUCAAAACUUUUCCGUAAAUCUCCUACAAAAAAUGAAAUUUUGCAAUAUUUUGUACGAGCGAACUUCGAUAACAGAGAAUAUAAACUUAUUGCAGAACUAGGUGGAAUAGCACAUUCCAUAUGAUUGAGAGAUUUUUGAAAUUGAACAGCUGCAUUCCAAAUGCUCUACGAGCAGUACUUUCCACAGAUGCCGUGGCUGACGAAGAAUGGAAAUCUCUAGAUUUACUAUAUUAAAUUCUGCAGUCAGUCGAAAUUAUUUUGAAAGCUAUUUGCGCUGAUGAUAUGGAUUUACUGAAAGCGGAACAUUCUAUAGAAUUUUUAUUGAAUAAACUUAAUAUCGUCGGCAACCCUUUGGCUCUAAAUCUUCGCGAAAGACUUAUGCAUAGAUAUAAUAAGAGAAGAAAUGUUGAAAUCUUGACUCUCUUGAGGUAUUUACAUAACCCAAGGAAGUUUAAAGGUGAAUCAAUUUCUGGACCUUUUCUUUUUUUAACGAAAGAACAUUUAAGGAAGUAUGCUGAACAAACAUAUAGGAGAUUGUUUCCUGAACAUGACGCUGAGAACACAACAGAAUUAUACAAAGAAAAUGAAAUAGGAGGAGACCUAAAAACAAAUGUUACUGUUGUCCCAUCUACUUACGAAGGUAACGAACUCAUGCGUGAAUACGCAAGCGCAAUGAAGAAAAUGAAGGAAGAGCCCAAGAAUGUAACAGAUGGAUUUGAAAUCUCUAAAGAAUUCGAAUAUUUUGAAGCAACCUCGAACAGAAGUGAAAAGCUCGAGAAACUUUAUAGAGCAUUGCUUACAACUAAAGCAACUAGUGUCCAGUCGGAAAGAGCUUUUUCAAUUACUGGACUUUUCAACACAAAAAUUGGGACAAGUUUCUCAGAUAAUUAGCUCCAGGGAAGCUAUAAGAUGUUCGACAGGCACUCAGCUCUUGGUGUACACUUACUUAUAGGAAAAAUAGUUGCAAGUCAUUUGAUUGUGGCCAUGCUGGAGGACCACCUGUAGUCGAACAAACCAGCCAGGACUUAUUCUAGGUAAGCCUAGUACUUAUUCUAUCAGUGAGACUGAACCCAGAACCAUGUGAUUGGGAAGCAAGCUUCUUACCAUGCAUCUUCAGAUGUUGGGUCUCACAGAGGUGAUGACAGCUGAUCAAGACCCUAAGCAAUUUGCUGUGCCUGAGAAGAUUCAUCAAGCCAAGUGAAAUCGUAAUCAUGGAUAUUGCUGGUGACACAUAAAAGGCACACAUGCCAGUGAUACAUAAAAGGCACCUAUGCCGGUGACAAAUAAAAGGCACCUGUGCUGGUGACACAUAAGGGGCACCUAUUACAUUCUUGGAGUGGUUGACAUUAGGAAGAGCAUCCAGCGAUAGAACCAAACCAAAAUCAA